UUGUGAGAGGGUGGGCUCUUCAGAAUGUAGUAGCGUAGUUCUCAACCGACACAGGCUAAAGCUAGGAGGUAUGUCUCCAGGGGAUGCACUCCACAGUUCCCCCCUCGGGUUCUGCUCUAUCGUGGAGGAUGUCCCUCUGAGCUGUGGGGAUCUAGCAAGCCUUCAUGAGCUGGGGAGAGGGAGCAAAGCACGCAGCAGUCCCCACACAAAAAACCCAAAGGCUGACAUCAAUUGUCAUGGAGGCUUUGCCGAUGGAAAAAACCCGUUCCUGGAAUUACUAAUGGAUGCAGAGGCAGCUGCUAACUCCGCUGCCAUACAACUAGUGUCUUUUAAAGAUGCCAUGGAAGAUUCAAAGCAGUCGGCCAUUGAUAAGCGGAGAAUUGCAAGGCAAAGGGGACUUUUACUGGAGAAGUUGGAGGAUUUUAAACGUGUGAAUAAAUCUGUUCGACAGAAACUGAAACGGCUCCAAGAUGCAGAGUCUGAUCGAAUUGAAUCCAACCACCAAACAGAAAUCUUGUUGAAGAAGAUCUCACAGGCUGAGAGUGACAAUGAGCAAUUAAAAAGCGACUUGAUUGAGAAAGAGCAAAAAAUUGAAGAGCUGAUGGAGCUGCGGAGAGAAGAGCAGGAGAACAGAAAGAGUGCACUUCAAAUGACCAAGUCUGUGGAGGCGACUCGCGCUCACCUGCAGAGCCAGCUGCGCAUCAAAGAAGCCCAAAACAACCGGCUGAAUGUGCAGCUACGGGCUGUGGAGAAAACCCUGACCGGGCAAAAGGUGGAGAUCGACGCCCUGAAAGGAUCCGUGGCCUCUUUGACUGAGAAGGCGGCGCGUGACAAAGUAUCUUUGAAAAAAGCCGCUCAAGCCCAGAAACUGAGAGCUCAGAGAUUUGAAGCUGCUAUUGAGAAAUGCUACGCGCAGUUGAAGGAAAAGGAUGCCCAGCUGGCCGAGGCCCGUUCAGAAAGAGACUCCCGGAGACAGCGGAAGGAGCAGGAGAGAGAAGAGAAAGACAAACUACGGCUUCACGUGGAGCUGCUGAAAAGUCAAGUCGCCGACAUGGCGGAGAGGCUGCAGAGGGAGAGGGAUGAGCUCAGUGCGGCUCAUGAAAUGGUGACGCAACGCGUUGAAAAGCUUAUCGGCGAAAACGGGGACCUCAACGUCAGUAAUGCCACACUCAAGGCUUCCGUUGCUCUGCUGGAGCAGCAGCUGGCAGAUUGUGAGAGUGCACUGAAGGAAGUGAAGGCUGUGUCCGAGGAGAGGAAACAUCAAGUGGGACAGGAGCAGCACCAGGCUGCAGAGCUUCAAGCCGAGUUAAAUAACCUGAGGAUGAAAUAUGCAAAUCUCCUAAACGAGACGGAGGCGACGCGAGAUGAAAAAGACACAAAAGUUGAGACGGCCAGGCAGGAGCUGCAGGGGCGCCUGGACGAGCUGGAGCCUUUCCCCGAGUUACUGAGCGCGGCCGAGCAGAGUCUCCUCGACUGCCGGGACGACCGGCGCCGCUCGGAGAGGAAGUGCUCAGAAAUGUCCGAGUCCGUUAGGCAGUUGCAGGAUCAGACGGAGACUGCGACAAACUCGCUGAAAUCAUCUGUGGAGAUGAGAGAGUCCAUUCGUGGCGCCAACUCGCGGCUGAACGAGGAAGAGGCCUCUCUGCAAAAGAAGGUGGACACGCUGCAGCAGGAGAACCUGGAGCUGGUACGGAGGCUCGCCCGUCAGGAGGAAAGUCUGAGCUACAGUGAGCUGCAGCUGGAUCAGCGUUCGUCGGAGGGCCAGGCCCUCAGCAGGCAGCUGGAGGCCGCUUUAUCGGACGUCAAGCAGCAGGUCAAGAAGGUCAAAGACCAGGCCACCUCCAGAGAAGAGGCCCUACAGACCAGAAUCCUGAAGCUGGAAGCCGAGAAGAGUAGAAGGGAUGACGAGCUGCGGCUCCUUUGCAGGAGCAAGCUGACUGCACAGAAACAGUUUGAGGUGCGUCUGAAGGACCUGCAGCUCAGCCUGGACCAAUCAGAGAGCCACAAGCAGAGCAUCCAGAACUAUGUCGAUUUCCUCAAAAACUCCUAUAAGACCAUGUUUGACGAAGGACCGCAAACGGCAGGGUUUGGAUCAUCGUAUUUUCUAAAAUAAUUAAGCAUUAUAACAUUUGUAUAUAUUUAUUUGAUUUUGUGUAUGUAAUAUUUAUGAAGUGUAUUUAAGAAUGAGAUUGGAGGUAAGAAUUUUGAUAUUUACCUCUAAGAAGCAAUUUAGGAUAUUUCAUAAUAUUCUAAUGUGUCUGCAACUGUUGGAAUGCGACCUCUUGGUGCUGCUUUGCCUUCAGGAGCCAGUUGCACAAAUAGAACUUUAAGACUCAUCAAGUUUUAGCUUUAUCUCAGACUGUGGACUAAAGUCUGACACCAGCUACACAAAUCGGAGGAUCUUUCAAUAUAAAUCCAAUAUAUUUUUGGUUUUAGAUUGUUAGUUGUGUGAAACAAGCAAUUUUAAGAUGUCACAUUGAGCCCUGAUUAACUGUAACCGGUAUUUCUUCUUUUUUUCCUGAUCAUCUCUUAGACUAAAAAGAAAUAAAAGAUAAAAAAUGAUUUUGUAAAGUUAUCUUUUCGCUCAAGAAAAUUUUACCCACAAUGCAUUAUGCAUCAGUCUAACCGUCAAUAUUUAACGAGCGUAGGACAAAAAUCUUUUUGCACUGACUGCAGAUUAGACUUGUUCUUCGUGUGCACAUUUUAGAGCUGUACUUUCACCUUAUUGUUGUAGCAAUCUCCACCAAAGUGGUGCUUGAAUACCUAAUGUUAAGCCGGUGCAUAUGUGCCCCGCCAAGUGUGUAAUAAACCAUUUUUACCAACGUGAAAUGUUCCCUCUGCUGUGUUGAUGCUCGGACUCUCAGCUGGACUGAAAGGAAUGACGCUAAAAACCAUCCAUUAGUUGUGGAGCUCAAACAUCCAUCAGCAGACCGUUUCCAAACCGCUCCGACCUGUGGUGCCGCUUUGCUCUCAUGCUAUUUGUAAUGGACGUUGUGUUUUUGAACCUCUCAGCUUCUCAUACUGUAUCUUUGAUAUUAAACCUGUGUGUGUUUUUUUGCCGUGGUCGUAAUCCUCAGGGAGAGCAGAUCUCGUCUAAAGUUCUCACAGACAAAGAUCCAUUGUUGUGUUCCCCGUCAGGGGAUAGAACCAUUUCAUGGCUCCAUGCGUCAGAACUCCUGUUUCCCUUUGCCUUUGUUUUUGCCCGUUUACGUCAUUAUUUUUGUGGGGGAAAUGUACUUUUUUCUCCAGUUUGUUGGAAAACAAGUUAACGUGUGGCUUCUAGCAAUUUGUUUGGUAUCACGGUUCAGCUCCAUGAUGGACGCACCCUGAGCGAAUGGGCUCGGCAGAAUCAGAUGAGUUGGAUUUGGUAUUUUAUUAAAAGAGAAGAAUUCAUGUCUAGACAACCAAGUUUAAAACCAAAUGUUUUCUGACUAUCACAUACAGCUGUCUAACUCAUGGAUGAUCUUUGAUGGAUGGACAUCAAAAUUCUCUGUAUUUAGGAAAAUAUACAGUUCUGCAGUUGAUUGGUCAAAUUAUAUUUCUUGUUGUAUUCAUUU